AUGAUUUCUAAAUUGUUUUUACUUGCUUUUCUCUGUCCAGUUACCUGUCUAGCUACCGGUUUUAGAAAGAUUGGUGAAAGUGGUGAAGAACUUCUUCGUUCGCCUAGCUAUGGUGGUGGUAGUACAAAUGGUAAUAGUGGAGCAAUAGGUGGUGGUGGAGGAUAUGGUGAAGAACCUAGUUUUGGGGGCAAAGGUAGAUUUAGUCCUCGAAAUGGUGGUAGAGGAUCUAGCAAUGGAGAUGGUGGUUAUGGAGGAUGUGGCGGUGGAGGAAUAGUUGGCAGUUAUGGUCAUGAAAAUGAACCAUCUAGUGGUGGAGGAAUAGGUGGAAGUCAUGGUGAUGGAAAUGGAGGAUCCGGCAGUAGAGGUACAAGUGGUGGUUAUGGUGGCAGUAAUGAAGGAUCUGGUGGUGGAGUAAUUGGUGGUGGUUAUACGGAUGGACAUGGAGUAUUUAGAAGAGGAGGUGAUGUUGCUGAUAUGGGAAGUGGAGGAUAUGGAGGUGGAAAUACAGGUAACGGUGAUAUAGGUGAUGCUUGUGGUGAUAGUGAGGGGAAAUUUUUCAAUCACCUACCACCAUAA